UCUUGCCCCGCAACCCCGAGCAUAAUCCCCCACCUGUAUCUAUCCUCAUCAUAUUGUUAUCCGCUGUUAAGGGGGAGCAGGCUGAGAAUGAUGGACGCCAGCCGCUCCGGAAAGAACCCUGACUACGGAAAGCUGCCGCCCCUAAUGUGCUUCUUGCUGCUCUUCUACCACAUUGAGGAAAAUCUUCCCGGUCUCCAUAGAUGCCCGUGAUUACAAUGGAUUGGGAUGUAGGUAGGGCCAGCCUUGUGCUGCCAUUGAAAAGGCUUACGAUUCCCAAAUAUUAGAAUGUUCAAUCCAUUCACUCCUGAUCCUCUCCAUCAUCUCAUCGGCCUCCAAGUACAACUUUCAACGCUUCAACCCUUACUCCUCACGCCUUCCAAAAGCCCUCAACAGCACCUACAACAAUGGCACCAAUUGGUAUGGAGUACUACGCCAAGGCACAAUCCUCCUUCAAGCCCCCGCUUGUUGCCAAUGAGAACGCCUAUCUCGGAGAUGUAUAUUCCAGUGACAAAAUCGACUCGGAAAGUCCUAUCUCCGCUGGAUUUUACAGGUUAGAGAAGGGAACUCCUCUCGUCUACACCUACUCCUACCACGAGAUGAAGAUUAUCGUCGAGGGUUCUUUCGACAUCGAGGAUGAGACGGGGAAGAAGGUGCACGCCGUGCCUGGAGACGUGUUCUUCUUUCCCAAGGGAGCUAAGAUCACCUUCUCAACGGACGACUAUGGUCUUGCUUUCUUUACCGGUCAGAGGAAAGAGGGAGUUUUGUGAUUGCCUGUCAAGAAGACUAUGGGAGUGUUGAGAAGUUGAUGAUAAUACACAAUUGAAUGACUGUUUUCAGUAACGUC